UCGCAGUACGGCUGGAACACGAACACGCGCUUGAAGCAUUUGCACGCGCAAAAGCCCGAUUGCGUGCUCAAAAUGGUCAGCUGGAAAGCGGUGUGACACCCAGGGUGAUUUCGAACGCACUCCAAAAGUGGGUUCGGCUUGCUCACUCUGUGCAUUCGGAGUGUGAAGAUUUUUCAAAUAUAAAAAUAAAUAAAAGUUUAAAUAAGUAAACAAAGACCCAAGUAUUAUCAAUUUUCAUCGUCUAUUCUACUAUUAGUUGGUCUAAAGUUUUUAGCCCUAAAUGCACAUAAUUCACGUUUGAGUCACAGGCUGUGACCAAUAUUUGAAAGUGGAGAAGAUACAUAAUGGCCACCUCAAAGCCAAAUAAUGACUUUCCCUUGGAAGCACUGAAAGUUCAGGGGCCCUCCUACCUGAAGGCAGCUUUAACCAGUUGCACUGAUCCACUUAAGGCUAUCGAGGAGUUUCAGGUAACAAAUGGUAUUUUGCUUCCUUCAUUACGUCCCAUGUUGCCUUUACUUGAUCUUCAUGGGGUCCGAAGACUGGACUUUCACAUGUCCGUUGUAGAGGCGUUGCGUGAAAAACUAACAAAUCACAUAAAUGAAAUUGGAAAACUGGAAGGCAAAGAACGCGACUUGAAGCUGAAAGAAUUACUGCAAAAGAGUUUUCCUGUUAUCAAAGUCAAAGCCAUGAGACCUAUAGUGAUGGCUAUUUUAAAGAAUAUUCCACAAAUUGAUGAUCACUAUCUUAAAGUGCUCGUUAGAGACAGGGAGUUGUAUAAUGACACAGACACGGAAGUUAAAAGACAAAUAUGGAAAGAUAACCAAUCCUUGUUUGGGGAUGAAGUGUCCCCUUUGCUGAGCCAAUACAUAACUGAAAAGGAGAAUGUACUGUUUGAUCAUCAUAAUUUGAGUACACAAUUUUUUGGACCUUCACCAAAGGUUAGACGGCAAGGCGAAGUGGUCCAAAAACUAGCCCACAUGAUAGGCAACAGCGUAAAACUAUACGACAUGGUACUCCAAUUUCUGAGAACUCUAUUUCUGAGGACCCGUAUAGUACAUUACUGUACACUCAGAGCCGAAUUGCUCAUGGCACUACACGAUCUUGAAGUGCAAGACAUCAUAUCCAUUGACCCUUGUCACAAGUUUACUUGGUGCUUGGAUGCGUGUAUUCGAGAGAAGAAUGUGGAUAUCAAACGUUCACGUGAACUACAAGGAUUCCUUGAUAAUGUUAAAAGAGGCCAGGAGCAAGUUUUAGGUGACUUGUCAAUGACACUAUGUGAUCCUUAUGCUAUAAACUUUUUGGCUUUGUCUGCCAUCAAGAUUUUGCAGCAUUUAAUUCACAAUGAGAGCAUGCCUAGGGACAACACUAUUUUAAUCCUUCUCUUAAGAAUGCUGGCUUUAGGCCUUAGCGCAUGGGUCAUGAUUGAUUCGCAAGAUUUCAAAGAGCCCAAACUUGACAGUCAAGUGGUGACCAAGUUUUUACCAGCUCUUAUGAGUCUCAUGGUGGAUGAUCAGGUGCGUCAAUUAUCUGGUAAACUACCUCCUGAUGAACGUGAAGCUGCCAUUACAGUGAUAGAACACGCUGGCCCUCUACCUGAUGCAGUGGAAGCUUAUAUUCAAGAUAGCACUGUGGCAAGUAUUUUGGCUAUGUACUAUACAUUACACGUUGCCAAAUCUAAAGACAGAGUCGCGUUGUUGAGGAUUUUAACUGUUUUGGCAAAUUGUAAGGACGAUAGGGCUUUUGAGGAUCCAUUCCUGCAUUCUUUUGUUCAUUUAUUAAUUAGCAAUCCUGAUGAAUUCCAAGCCGAAGAUUUUUGUACUGCUCUAUUCGAUGAAUUUUUUUCAUCUGGUUUGCAGCGUGACAAUGUCACCAGGCAUCUAUUGAAGCUCUUAUGGUAUGUUCACCAUAAGCUGCCCGCCAGCCGUUUGCACACCCUUUUAAAGACUGUGGCCCCAACCCAUCAACAUAGCGAAAAAGUACACAAUUUGUAUAAGUUACUGCAAGAAAAGAUUCACUCUCAGGAGGAGAGUUCUGUGCAAGUUGAAAUGGAUAUUGAUGUCAAUUCGCCUUUGAUGAGCGUACCUACUCCUGCGCCUUAUCAUCAUAUUAUUUAAAUUAAGUAGAUAUAAGAAAUGUAAAUAUUUAUAUUAUUAGUUCAUUAAUAUAUUGUUAAUAUUGCACA